AUGAUAUUAAACGAAACCACGAAAAGAUCAAGAAGUUCGUGUCAACUACUGAUUGCGGGCCAGGCAAGAGAUAGACACUCAAGAAAGCUGAACAUCCAGAAGUGGAAGAAGCUUUGUACAUGUGAAGCUUAUCUGUCUAUCAUCAAGGAGAAAAAGCUACUAGUGAUGGCUGGCUACAACGAUUCAAAACAAGAUAUUGAAUUCGACUGCUGUCUAUAUCUGGUGAAAAAUUAUCAGCACAACCACAAUUAG